AUGUUAAUCAAUUUACUACUUACUAGUGUAUUAUUUCUAUUCAAUAUCACCCUUAGAUCCGUACUUGCUGUACCAACAUCUCAAGUUUAUGAAUUAAAUCCUCCAGUUACGGAUCGUGUUUUCUUUUUUAUUGAAUAUUAUGAUGUGGAUUUGAAACAAUAUACUACAACUGAAAUUGAUAUAGAAUUAUAUGGCACUUUAGCUCCCAAAACAGUUGCCAAUUUUGUAGCUUUGUCAAAAGGUGUUCGUGCUUUAAUGCCUAAUGAAAAAGAUGAAGCAAAAGCUUUUGAAGUUGGCUACAAAAAUACUGUUUUCCAUAGAAUCAUCAAAGAUUUCGUUAUUCAAGGUGGUAAUGUCUUGCCACAUAUUGGCCCAUUCAGUAUCUAUGGUAUGAAGUUCGAUGAUGAAACUUUCCAUUUAAAACAUGAUAGACCAGGUAGACUAGCCAUGGCUAAUUCAGGACCUAACACUAACGCUGGCCAAUUUUAUUUUGCUAUGAAACCAUUACCUGAUUUGGAUGGCAAGCACGUUGUUUUUGGUCAAGUAACUAGGGGUUUAGAUAUCUUGUUGGAUAAGGUACAAUUUUUGGAAACUGAAAAUGUUGACGAAAUGGAAUUGAAAAAAGUUAAGAUAGUUAACUGUAAAGUCGAUAGCUUAAAAAUAGAAAACAAAGACUUUAUGCAAAACAAAUACAUGGAAAGAGUACAAAAAUUUAGGGAUGGUAAAGAUAUUAAAGGGAACAGCGUUCAUUUUGAUCCCUAUAAUGAAGGUAGCUUAAGAAGCUACAAUGAUUUACAUACUGAAAAGAUAAUUAAAGCCAAUAAUAAUCAUCACAAUGGUUUAUCUGUUAGCGGUACAGGUAAUAGUAAUAUUGGGAAUAUAUUUUCCAAACUUUUGGGUAUUAGUAUACUUGUGUCAUUGGGUUAUUAUUUGUACAGUAAAAAGAAUAAUAAAGUGGUUUCACUAAGACAUGAUUGA